UUCUCAAAGACCUUGGCCCAGCAAGUAUUCAUAACUUCAUAAGCCAUGUUUCUCAGAUACUUUAUUUUUCCUUCACACAACUGUUUCCUGAUAUAUGUCCCACCCUGAAAUUGAGCAACCUGGGCUCAGGGUUGCAAUUAAUCUCUUUCCUACAAGUAUAUUGGCAAAAGGAAGAUGGACAUAAGCACCCAACCCAGAAAGAAAAUGGGGAAACAAGACGUUGAACAACUGGAUGCCCCAAUGAUCCUAGCAGUGAAAGGUCAUUUAAAGGAGACAAGGAAUCCAGUAGCCUACGAGCUUGCCAAACACCUGAAAUACCCUCUCAUUGACCAAGAUGUAACCACCCCAUCUCCCCAAGCUUCUCAAGAUCUGGAUGACAUUUCCUUUGGCAUUGCUCUAGCAAUUGCUUCACUCCAGCUGAAAGUGCUGCAGCUUGGGGUGAUCGUCAGCACACCACUCAGUCAAAGAAGCCACUUGGAUAAAUUAAAGGAGCAGGCAAAGUCUGAUGGUGCUGUUCUGGUUAUAAUUCAAUGCCUGCCGAAAGAUAAGAACAGUGAUUUCACCCUUGAAGGAGUUCCAAGGUUCACCGUUGACACCAGAAAGCGAACCUUUGAUGCUGAAGAAUUUAUUUCAGAUGAGUUGGAUAAGGUCAGGAAAAGAUCUCACCGGCACUUACAUCCCUUAAUGUUCAUUAACAAUACAAUUGCUGAAUCUGAAGUCAAAUGCAGCCGCUGCCAGAAAUCAACUUCAGGUCCAUAUUAUCAAUGUUUUCUAGGAUGUGACGAGUAUUUAUUCGAUAAAGCCUGUGCAGAGCUUCCUAGUGACAUAGAAAUUGUUGGGAAAAAGUGCCCUGAUUAUUUAAGGCGAAGUCAACCUGAAUAUCUGUUUCCAAAAGAUGUGAGACGUAAGUGCAAGAUAUGCGAAGAUAAAGGCAAAGAGUUCUCAGAUAGUUGCCAUGAUUGCCUGUUUCAAACCAACAUGAAAGAUGCUAUGAUUGCAACUUUAAUUUGCAUGUCGGCUGCAUUUUGCUGCCACGGACCAUUUCGUACGACUAUGAUAAGCAUCCUCUCAGGCUUACCUAUGAUUCUCUUGAACAAAGUUACCUGGAUAAAAGUCAUUGUGAAGCUUGUAAGAAGGAAAGAAAUCCAGCGCACUGGUUUUACUACUGCCCAGCAUGUGAAUCCACGACUCACUUAG